GCGGAGACCCCAGAAUGUUGUUCUUCUGAACACGCGCUCUCUCUCUCUUUCUCCCUCUCUCUCCCCCUAUCUCUCCCUAUCUCUCAUUCUUUCACUCUUAUUCACUCUUAUUCACUCUUACUUCCAAUUUUCCUGUAUCACCGACUUUUGCGUGCCUUUUUUCGAGCCAUCGGGGACUUUCCUUCUUCUCAGCCUCAACUCCAAAAUGGCGAUCCUCCCAGCCGUUCCUGGCCUCGAGGUCACUAUUCAGUCCCUCAAUCAAGACCUUCCCGAGUACGAUGACGAUGGCGACUUCACCCAAAGCAAAUUUGCACAUCUGCCGGAAGGACAACGAUCGCAGAAGUUUGUCGAGUGCAAGACCAACGCCGAGUUUCGAAUUCGGCUUGUAUUAAAGCAUCCAUACAGGAUGGACUGCCAAAGCCUUGCGUUCAAGGCAAACGUUGAUGGUCAUGGAAUUGCGCAAGCUACGUGCACGGAUGCCUGGUUUGGCAGAUGUUCUGGUUAUUAUAUGGAACUCAUCACUGCAAGACUCGAUCGUAUCAGUCCGACCCAGUUGUCUAGCAGAACCCUGAAAUUCAGCAGCAUCAAGAAAGUUGACGAUCCUGACUCGAGCCGUGUCAAGAAAGAUGCAAAGGCGCUGGCAGGUAUCGGUGAGAUUGUGGUUUCGGUUCACAGAGCUGUCCAGAGAGACUCGAACCCACCAGUUGUUGGAAACUACAAUUUGGCACAACACAAACCUCCUGAAGAAGUCGCAGAGAAAGCAUUGAAAGGCAAGGCUAUCUCCCAUGGCGUGUCGUAUGGAGAGCAACAAAUAGUUACUCGAACGGCCAAGGAGACUGUGGAUCUGGAUGGACCACACCACCCUAUCGGCGUCUUUGUCUUCAAGUAUCGCUCUCGAGAGGACCUUCAGGCCGAGUUGAUCAUCCCUCGCUCACCAUCACCUGAGCCAGUGCCAACCCCGCUUCGUGCUCGUAGCAGCAAUGGUAACAAUGCCAAGAUCAGCGCAGAGGCACGACUGGCUCAUCUGAAGGUAGGCAUGAUCAUGACCGAGACCCUACGGAAACUAACAUGAUUUCUCUAGAAAGAAAUCGCCGAGAUCAAGGCGGAGACAGAAGAUAACUCAGAAGGACGAAAGAGAAGCUGGGCAGGCGAGGCUAGCGGUAGUGGUAGUGGUAGUGGACGACCUCUCAAAACUUCUCGUGGAGCCGAUGGCAACGUUGUCAUUGAUCUCACGGACGACUGAUCGACCGACCUACCUUACGUUCAACAUUUUCUUCCUGCCUCUGUAUUCGGCAACAUACUUAUCGCACUUUCCUUUGCUCAAUAAUUGCGCUGAAAGCAGAUCUGAAAUUUGGGGCGCGUGGCUACUUGCCCAGGAAUUGCGUUAUAUGAUACCCAUGGUUACUCUCACAUUUUCUCAGGAUGGCGCAAAAUGUGAUGGUUUUACAAUGAUAGAUUGCUUAUUUUCAAUGAAAUACGUUCAUCAAUGCG